GUCUUUUUGAGACAGACGUGAUUGCCUAUGAUCAUUGAAUUAUGUGGCGCAGCUCAAUCGCGGAAUGUGGUCUUGGUCGAUGACCAGUGACCUCCUCUUGAUCUGGACGAUCGGGUAGGGUCAAUUGAGGCCAUGUCCCAACACAGCGAUGACGCUUUGUUGACCCCAACGACCGAAUCCUUCUGGGAACCAGGAAACUACAAGCGAACAACUAAAAGAAUUGAAGAUGGCAACAAGUUGUGUAACGAAUUGGUCACACUUUUGCAAGAAAGAGCCGAAAUUGAAAAAAGUUAUGCGAAGAGUUUGAAGGGAUGGUCGAAGAAGUGGAAUGAAAUUAUAGAAAAAGGGCCGGAAUAUGGGACCAUGGAGGCAGCAUGGAAAGGAACCUUGAUGGAGGCGGAACGUCUUUCGGAAGUUCAUGUCGCUGUUCGUGACAAGUUGGUCAAUGAAGUUAGCCCGAAGAUUCGUGAUUGGCAGAAAGAAAACUACCACAAGUCUAUGAUGCAAAUCAAAGAGAAAAAGGACAUGGACGAUAAAUUCAAGAAGGAACAAAAACCGUGGGCAAAAUUGCUUGACAAAGUAAACAAAGCUCGAGCGGACUAUCACACGGCGUGCAAAAAUGAAAAAACUGCGAUAAAUCAGGACAGAAAUUCUGGGGCUGAUACUUCGCUUUCACCGGAUGCUUUGCGGAAGUUGAAAGACCGUGUGGACAAGGCAAAAGAGGAAGUCCAAAAAACGAAGGAGCGCUAUGAAUUUGCCUUGAAAGAAAUAAACGAUUAUAACCCCAUUUAUGUGGAGAACAUGACCAAAGUGUUCGAGAAGUGCCAAGAAUCCGAAGCCGAUCGACUGAUGUUUAUCAAGGACAUUUUGUUCUUGGCCCAUGAGAGUCUCAACAUAUCGACGAAUCCUCAGUUGCCUCAGAUUUAUGAGGAGUUGCAUCAUACGAUCAACAAUGCUGAUAAUGUCAAAGAUUUACGUUGGUGGUCGAACAAUCACGGCGUUAACAUGGCUAUGAAUUGGCCGCAAUUCGAGGAAUAUUCAGAAGAGUUCCGUGAAAUUGCGAAGAAGAAUCCCAAGACUGGGGGACAUAUUCCGGACGCUAAUAUCACUCUUCUGCAUCAGAGAUCAGUUGGAGAAGAUCUACCAGAAUAUACAGCAGAUGGCCAGAGACCCUCCUACAAGUUCAAGAAACCUGGCAAAGGAAGUGGGAAGGAAAUCAGCUCGAAGCAAGAGACCCAACAUCCUUCGUCUUCCAAUCCGUCUCCCUCCUCAUCCGACAAAGGGAACAAUGUGCAGUCGAUGACAAAAAGCCACGCCCAGCCUUCCACGAAUGGUACGACAGCAAACAAUAAAGACGCGAACCCGUUUGAAGAGGAGGAGUGGGAGGAUUAUUCCAAUGAUGCCUUGGUUGACAACGGGGAAGUUGGGGUGCCCGUGAGGGCCCUGUAUGACUACGAUGGAGUUGAAGCGGAUGAGCUAAGCUUCAAAACAGGUGAUGUGUUCGAAAAGUUGGAAGAUGAAGAUGAGCAAGGAUGGUGCAAAGGAAGGAAGGACGGCCGUGUUGGCCUCUACCCAGCGAAUUAUGUGGAAGCUGUUUCAUCUUGAAAUACCUGAAGGUCGGGGGCACUUCGCAGCGUUUAUACGUUCAUUUUGACGUUGAACUCUUUUUGCAAACGGCCAAGAAGUUUGAUAAUUUGAAACUGCUGAUGAGCGGAGAGCCAUUAUUGCUGGGAAACUCGAGAACAGAAAUUUUUUUAUAUGCAAAAUACUUCAGAUCUGGCAAAUCUUUUUUCAGCGCUUCGUAGCUCCGUGGGGGAAUAUGCAUGUUAUCUAUUCCCAAAAAACGCGUUGUGUGUCGUAAAAUUUGUAGAUUUCAAUCGUCAGAGCGGCUUCAGAGCGUUCGUCAUAGAUACUUUUUUGUGUGAAGCGACUGUGUGAAAACCUGUCGAAAGCAGCGUCAGGCUUUGAAAAAACAAUCUAAUCAGUUUGUGUGAACCGCUUUUUCAUUGCUUCGAGAUUGCCAGUCGUCCCUUUUCACGUCUUUCAAUUUCAAAGGAAUAUCCUGGACUGAAUAUUUUGCUGAAGAUUUCAGGUCGCUAAUUUCAACAGAAAACUCGGAUCUAUUGGUUUGACUCCUUUAGAGUGGUAGUCGUAUUUGAGGUGUGUGCCAAAGCGCAAGGUUAAGAUGAACUUUGCCUCAAUAUCAAUCAUCUGUCGUUCUGAUUUUGACGGCGAGUGCUCUCGAUCUUGCCAAAUGUCGAAACGGUUCUCAUGAACUCGGUCAGUAUCCUAUGGUUUCGCCCUCAGUGCAGUUUGCUUUACACGGUGAUUCCUUCGAUUUCGCGUCAGGAUUCUUCCUCCUAGUGCGAAAAAAAAACUUCGCGUUCAUUCUGAACAUUUAUUUAUUAUACGUGUAGAAAUGUCGUGUUGCUACACGAACAUUCCGCAGGGUGUUGUUUGUUUGCCUUUUUUUUUUGCGAGUGUGGCUGACUGUGUUGCAGUAUGUGACCUGUUGGGAAAACCGUAUUGCUCAUUCACGAUGUUCCCAGUUUAGAGUAAUUGUUUUUGUUUUGUUGACACGUUUUGGAUUUUUUUUUUGAGAAACAAAAGAUGACAUCCUCGUCUUUCAGCGGCGUGGGUGGUGAAAAGCGUCGGGAGUAUUACUGCCGCCCCCCCCCCCCUCCGCGAAAUGACCGGCUUUCAAGUUAACC